CUCUGUUAAUCUGGUCUGUCUUGGUUAAAGUCGGCUUCACCUUCGGUUUUUUUCCUCGUGUAAACUGUGGUCAAUGGUAACGUAAAUUUAAGAAUACGGGUUAUAUAUUUUCACAGAUUGAGGUUAAAUCCAUGUUGUGAUCUGGGUUAAGGGCCGCAUAACGUCGAGCUAGUGUUUGGGAUAAGGUUAGGCUCCGCCACAGCCGGGGAGGAAACGGUCGUCGGUUGUGAAACGGACUUCGGCUCUCACAACAGACGCUCAGACAUCGACGCUUACUCGUGAGGUUUACCGAUGAUCAUACUCUCUGUGCUCUCCAAACACCAUGCUUCCCCAGGCCAGUAAAGAGUUUUUGGUCAGGGUACGGUUCUUUUGGCGACCGUUUUUUCAGGGUCGGUACCUGCUGCUCACCAAUACUGUGAGUGCAGGGGGCAUGCUGGCGGUUGGAGACUGUCUGCAGCAGAGCCGGGAGAUCAGUAAAGACUCCAGCAGAGUACGAGACUGGAAGAGGACAGGUUCCAUGUUUUUGGUAGGCUGCUCAAUGGGCCCUCUAAUGCACUACUGGUACUCUUGGUUGGACAGAGCCUUCGUGGGCAAAGCCAUGCGCACGAUCGGCAAGAAGGUUCUGGUGGACCAAGUGGUGGCGUCACCAGUAAUUGGGAUGUGGUUUUUUUUAGGUAUGAACCUCACAGAAGGUCACACGUUAUCCGAAGGAUGGGAGGAGUUCAAAGGGAAGUUCUGGGAAUUUUAUAAGAUGGACUGGUGUGUUUGGCCCGCCGCCCAGCUGAUCAACUUCUACUUCCUCUCGCCCAAAUUCCGUGUCCUAUACAUCAACGUCAUCACUUUAGGGUGGGAUACGUACAUCUCCUACCUCAAACACAGAGACGAUCAACCACAAAGUCACCUGAUGUCGGACAACAGUGCUGUGCACGUUCAGCAGGAAGUGCCCAAACCUCUGAAGGAGAAAACUUAAAGACGGAUUUCCUGCUCAGCUUGAGGGAUCGCACAGCUAAGGCAAAAGAACAUUGAGCUGUUUUUUAAUCCGCUACAAUUCAUUUAUCGACUUUGCAGAAUGCCGUGAGGCUAUCACGUGCACAGAAGUUUGUGUUAUUCUGAUGAUUUUUUUCUCUGACACACCACUCCUUUCCUUUGUAUCAGCAGAGUUUUUAAUGCGUCGAAUGUCUAGUUUGUCCAGUCAGGGAUGAAAAACUGUUUCACUGCCCUAAAGCACUACAUGUGAAUCCACAUUUGCUAGUGUUGAGAUUGUUGCAGUGUGAAGUUCAGAAUGCCAGCAGUCCAGUUUUGAAGUUCAUUUCAAAAACGUCUCCACUAUAUCAUCUUAUUUUGUUUUUUCUACACAAAACCUUGAAGUGCCAGAAGUCUGAGUGUAUCUUCUCUCAGACAUGGAACAAAUAUUAUUGAAGUGAAACAGCAAGGGACUUGAAAUUUAACAUGAUAUGCUGUACUCAAUUUUUUAUGUAUAUAUAUAUAAAUCCAGUGUAUGGAAUGAUAGAGAAAGCAUUUAGAUGGUGUCAACAUGAAAGUGGAAGCUUGUGAAUCACUGUAUACACUCACUUAUCACUUUAUUAGGAACACCCUACAAACAAUGAGGAGGUUCUCCCUCACAAUGGCGUCAGAUCCUCCCGACAUGCAUUUAAAGACUCUGGUCUGAAGAGUCUGGUGACUGAAGUUUGUGAAACCACAUUUAUUAGACCAGACUGCUUUUUUCAGCCGCCUUCUGUCCAGUUUUAGUGAGUCCACACUCCAGAGUGUCAGAUGUCUGCGCUGGUUGUACUGAUGUGGAACCUGACAUGCUCUCCUGUUGUUGCUCGUCUGACUCCAGUUAAACGCCACAGAUCAGAUGUAUGAAAUCAGUGUUGUUAACGUAUGAUUUUGGUUGAGUUGACCUGGAACAGGAGUUGGAUAUUGCUUCAAGUUGCAUUGUGUAGGAUUUGGCUACAUCUACUGGUGAUGUUGUUUGUUGCAGCUGAAUUUCUCUGGCUACCAAGCGUGAAGGAGAAGUUAUUAAAACUCAAUCUUCCGUUUGUCCAUUGAACACACGGUGAUCCAACAUGACAGCCUCUGUUGAGAAAACAGAGAGGCUUAUUCUGUGAUAAUCACAAACAAACAAAAUAUCAUUAUAAUUUAACUCCGACACUAGAACGUUAAGGGGUAAAAUAAGACUGGACCAACAUAAAACUUGCACAGCAUUGUACAAUAUACUACUGUAUAAUAAGCUUUAAGUUUGUUUAAUGAUGUUUAAGGGGAAUGUAUGUUCUACUGUACUUUUCCACACCUUUGACUAGUUAGCCAGAUGGCUAAUGACACUGUGGUGAAAGUUGACUGUGUUUUUCUUGGUACAUUUACCUAUAAACAUUUUUACAAGAGCAAAUCUGUUCAAAAUGCUUUAGUUACGACUGAAUGGGUUAAAUUAACCCAGUGUGAGGGAUUUCUAUAGUGUCCAGUUACAAGCUUGUUGUUUGCUUACACGUUUCUCUUGUUUGUUGAAUUUAGAACAUUAUCUCUGUCUUCCAGUUCCUCACCCGGGGUGAGUUUAUGUUCUAAAGCCAUGGUUCUCAAACAGUUGUAUGUUACGCAAGCUUCCUCUGCUGGUGCUUGGAGGAAAAUCAGAAGUAUUGUUCUACUGUUAUAUAACAAGCUGUGGCAUUUUGAUCAGAGUGGGUAGAAAAUGAAAUGAAACGAAAUGAGUCACCUGAUCUCUCGCUCCAUCUUAAUCUAAUUUCACUACACCAGUGUGUGAAGUGUACUUGAGGAAGAGGAUCUUAUGGGGAAUAAAUCUGCCUCCUGUGAAAAGUGUGUAGCUGACUUUGCUCAACCUAUUUAUAUCCACUGUAAUUUGACGUUGGUUAAUAAUGGUGUUACUUUGAGAGCUCAAUAUUUUGUCAAGUUUGGAAACCAUCGUGCUAAAGGAUACCUGUGCAAACACUGACAAUAGAGUUGAUAUUUGCAGAAGGAGCUGUUGACUGGCGUCUUGUGUACUGGGUAGCAGUUGCUAUUUUGAAUUUAUUUAUUUUUGGUGUGACACAUUUCUACAUUCCAUACCCUCAUUCUGAGAAAGUUAGGGGAAGGGGCAGCUAGAAGCAAUGACAAUGCUUCAGGUCAAAACUGAGGACGAGCGAUAUUAACCUGAACGUGUCCUGAAACAUCAACACAGUUUUAACUUCAGCCGCACAAAGUUAACAGCAGUGGCUUCACUUGGUGUAUUGUUUUUUGUGUUUAUUUGUUUGUUAUUGGCUUGUGUGAAAAUCCAGUUUUCUGCUUUGAAAGCUGCUCCCAACAGCUGUCAACACAUGUCAAACACAGAGGAAGUGACAGUGGGAACUGUCUGACCUAGAAAGAACCUACUGUCUAUAACUACACUGCAGGAAUAGACACCCAAAUGCUUCAGAAAAUCUAUUGAAACCAGGUUUUUCCUCUUUUAGGGACCAAUAAUAUUUUCUACCCAUCCUGUAGUUUUCACCAGGAAAACCCAUUUUUGAAAGUCUUUAGUAAACAAUGCACUGUGUGCACAUAAAGUGGUUGCAGACUGUUUUUCUUAUUUUUCAAACCAUUCAGAGUCAACUCCAGAGACUCUUUCAGAAACACUUUGGGUACCGACAAUCAUGUCGUAUCAAAUCCGGUCACAUCACAGUGUCUACACAUUUAUUUCACAUGAAUAAUGAAUAAGCAGGUGUGUUCCUGAUAAAGUGCUAGGUGAAUGUGUAUUAUUUGACCGUGUUGACAUCAUCUUUGAUGCUGCUGCUGUUUUUAUUUGCAGGGAAAUCUGAGCCACCAGUGUCAUUAACAUACUAUUCUAUAAAUAUAGAAUCAGUGGUUUGGGUUUUUUUUACCGAUUAUUAAUACAAAACAAAUUUAAGAGAAAUUCUAUUUUCUGUAUGUGAUGAUUUUCUUGGGGUACCUUAUUAUUAUUAUUAUUAUUAUUAUUAUUAUGUUCUUACUAAUA